UCUGGGGCAGCUCCAGUCUGUCUUCUUUAACCCCACCCACAGGCGCAUUUCUCAACCCUGCGCUCGUCUACCUGGUGAAAGGAGACAAAUCUGUGCGUUAAAGGACCAAAUUCGACGUUAGAGCGGCAAGAUAUCCCCCAUCGCUUGUCUUUAAACUAAUAAUGGACUAAUGCUUCUUUUGGUUUGAAGAUAAACUACUACUAGCAAGAGAGGAAUUCCUCAGAAGAGGGUUCUGACUGCCAGCCAAGGACAUGGACUGGAAGACCUUCCAAGCCCUCCUCAGUGGGGUGAACAAAUACUCCACGGCGUUUGGGCGGGUAUGGCUGUCUGUGGUGUUUGUAUUCCGGGUGAUGGUGUACGUGGUGGCAGCGGAGCGAGUGUGGGGCGAUGAGCAGAAGGACUUUGACUGCAACACCAAGCAGCCCGGCUGUGCCAACGUCUGUUACGACUACUUCUUCCCCAUCUCCCACAUCCGCCUGUGGGCCCUGCAGCUCAUCUUUGUCACCUGCCCGUCCUUCAUGGUGGUCAUGCACGUGGCGUACCGCGACGACCGUGAGCGCAAGCACGCGGCAAAGCACGGAGACACCAACAAGCUGUACAGCAACACGGGCAAGAAGCACGGCGGCUUGUGGUGGACCUAUCUGAUCAGCCUCUUCGUAAAGACAGGCAUCGAGGUCGCCUUCCUCUACAUCCUCCACCACAUCUACGACAGCUUCUACCUGCCAAGGUUGGUCAAGUGCCACAUGGCGCCCUGCCCCAACCUGGUGGACUGUUACAUCGGCCACCCUACUGAGAAGAAGGUCUUCACCUACUUCAUGGUUGGAGCUUCAGGCCUCUGCAUCGUCCUCAACAUCUGCGAGAUCCUUUAUCUCAUCUCCAAGCGCUUUGUACGUAUCGCGAACAAGAUGGGUAAGCGCAGUCGCAACACGGCUGUGCGUCAGGAUGAUUACAACAAGGACCCCUUCAGCAACAGCAAUGUGUCCUUGCUGAAGCGGGACCUGAAAGAUCAGCCUCCAUCCUUUAGGACCGCAAUGAAGCCUUCACACAGGCUAUCUGGACUCAAACUGGAAGGUAAGAUACGGGCCUCUGCUCCUGAUCUGUCCAGUUCUAAGUGAACGGAAGUCAGAUUGCAGCACUCACCAGUGCUUGGGCUAGAACCCAAUCACAAACAUCAGACUCAGAACAAUGAGCCAAAAGCUUCCAUGUGUGUCAGACCCUGGAAGUUGAGUCAUCAGUACUGGAUUCAUCCUGUGGGCCCCUGUGUCCACAUCUAAGACUCUUUUUGAGCGCAUGAACUUUGGUUUCCAAGUCAACAUCCACAAUAUUUACAAGUGAGCUAGAGCCAAAAAUGAUUUGUAAAGGACACAAUGGCUUUCUUCUUUGAAUACGAUAACGGUCUGUGUGCCUUUUCAACGUCACCCCUUCACCCAUAUUAGAACAUACCCGAGCUUUCUGUCUUUCUUGUGAAUAGAGUUUUGACACAGGAGGGGGAGGAAAUGAGACGCUCAGCAUCACGCAAGGAGGGCAGGACACACCUGGCAGAGGUAUUCACCCUCCCUGCCAGUGAAUACAGUGGUGUCUCAGGGUGCUCUGGUGUCACUGAAUGUUACAUGCACAUUUCAGUGAUCUCCUUUGUUUAACUGAACGUACAUCAUAGCUUUAUCUUCCCCAUUUGCCAGCCCGAUGACCUUAAAAUCAUCAAAGAAUUGUACAAAUAUUCUGCAUUGGAGUGUGGACACUCCAAAGUCAUAGAGUCAUGGCUGAGUAAUACUUGAAGGUGUGCAAACUGGCCAAUUUUAUUUUUUCUCAGAACUCCUAUAUCAUUAGUAGAUUUCUACAUCAUCUAAAGCCUCAGCAGACAUAUGCUUGGUUUAUGCUGCACAGUCACGCUGUACAUAGACUGCCUGUGUUUUGACUUGCUUGUACACAAACUCGCCUCAUCCAAGACCACUGUUGAUUUAAAUAAGACAAAAGGAAUGCUGCUGUUGAAUUCUGUGUUGGUAGUGCUGGAGCGCAGAGGAGAGGAGGUGGGAUGAAGUUUGGACAAACCGAUGGCUCAUUGAACUAUAACUCAUUUUUGUGAUACGAACUGUCCACUGUGGACAUCAGGUGAAAAUGUAUUUUAUGGCUCUUGUUGUUAAUGUAAUUUCUUACAAAACUAAAUAUAUUAAAUGUAUUGAAUGUG